CAAUACUGCCAGCCCAAGAUGCUUAGACGAUACCGGUAAUCAUUACUGUCUUACAGAUGUGAUGCAACUACCAGUAGCCUCGAGCUGCCUUUGUUCACGAGGCCUGGUCAUGGUUAUUGCGCCGUAUAGCCACAUGUAACGCGAUGGUGGAAAGCAUUAGAUUGAUUACGAGGUGAAUUCAGACGAUUACGUUUCCACAGCAGCCUGCUUCACUGCGUAGUAACAUAGCUUCUUAGUUAGCAUAUAAUGGACGGAACAGAGCAGCAAGACGGAUUGGGCGAUCAACGCCCAGCCGAUGGAAAACUCGAUGGCGCCCCCAAGCGCGCUAAAGUGGGCGCCCUUCAGCAUCUGGACGCUUGGAAAGCCGCAGGGAUCCCGCGGCCUAAAAAGAGGCUAUUUAUAGGCCGAUGUACAAUACCUCAAGAUAUCUCUGUAUGCCUUGAAAGGCUCUCCGCGCACCACCUGAUCACGCUGCAGGAGCUGAUGAUCUGGGCGCUGCUGCGGAGGGACUUCUGUACGGCAGCCACCGUGUGCAACCUGCUGUGGAAGACCAUGAACACCUACCGCCUGCGUGACACGAAAACGUGGUUGCAGCCCGACCGCUUCCCCGAGGGCUACCACAUGCAGAUGAUGUACCGGCUGAUGUCGCGCAUGAUGCAGGUGGCGGCGGAGCUGCUGCAGCGGGCGGGAGCGGGGCGGUCCAACACGAUGUUCCGGUCGCUGCAGUACCUGGCGCUGCAGCAGCCCCUCAAGCGGCUGGCGGACCGGGCGAGCAGGGAGGUGGCGCUGCAGCUGAUGGAGGCGGGCAACAUGACCGCCGCCCGUGCGAUGCUCGAGUCCAAGGUCUCCAAGCAGAAGUGGCACCUGGACCUCACCACACCGGCGGCGCUACUGGGGCUGCUCAGCUACCGGGAAUGGAUGCAGACCUACAUCCGCAGCCUGGCUGACCGGGCUCGCGGCCGCUCCGGCCCCCCCGGCAGCACCCGCACCGGCACCCGCAGCAGCCUACUGAUGCAACCCGACUACGGAGGCGGGCUCAAGCGCGGCCGCUCGGAGCUGCUGCCGGGGAGGGGCAGCGGAGGCGGAGGAGGAG